AUGUUCUCUUUCGUCUCUGCGGAAUACCAAGUAUGUGCGUCUCAACGCGGAAACACUCCUUUCCUUUUGUAAUAAUCAGAGAGCUCCAGCUUUCAGUGCUUCUUAGCGAAGCUAGUGUUUUUUUCUUGUAUCGUUAACACACCAAUUUUCAGGCACAAAGUCGCAACGCUCCCGUCAAUUUUCCUCAUUGGGUGGUAAAGCUGGCUCAGAGUCAGCCCCGCCGCUUCUCGGACGAAGUGAUCCGACAAGGCGAGGCGGUGAUCCCGCUGCAGUACGGGACCAACAAGUGUGCGUCACAGAAGGGAAUGACGCCAUACGGGCUGGGAAGGCAGAUAAAUCCCAAUUGA